AUGCACAAAUCACGCAGAUUGCGCUCGUUGCCGGCGGCUUCCCUGCCGUGGCGAGCGGUCUUUGCCGCCGCCGCCGUCGCCCUGUUGAUGACGGUGGUUGCCGCCUGUGGCGGCGGUGAGCCGGAGGCCCCCGCCAGCUCGGGCGCCAGCGGGGGCGGGGCCACCGCUCCGGAACCCACCGCGAUGGCUGCGGAGCCGACGGCGGCCAUGGCCGAGAACACUCCCACGCCCGUGCCGCCGACCCAAACGCCGCUGCCCGCCGCAGCAACCCAGGAGGCCCUGGUCCUGCAGGUGGUCUGCAUCAACCGAACCCUGCGCCCCUGCGAGCUCAUCCGGGACUUCUAUUCUCCCCGGGUCAGUGAAAGGACCAAUGGCGAGGUUACGGUCGAGAUCUCGUCUUACCCCGAGCUCGGCCUCGCCGGCCCCGACACCAUUCGGCUGGUCGCAGACCAGACCCUGGAAUUUGCCGAGAUUUACUCCGGAUACGUCGGCGGUGACCUUCCGAUCAUUGACGUCGGAAACCUCUGGGGCCUCUCCCCGAGCAACGACGCGCACCUGGAGCUCACCGACGCCAUUGAAGACGACAUGAUUCGCAUCCUCCGGGACUCCACCGGCGGCGAACCCAUCUUCCGCGCGUACUAUCCCAAUCAGUAUGUCUUCAGCGGUGAGCCCCUGCCGGAUCUUGCUUCCUACAAGGACAAGAACAUCCGCCAGCACAGCACCAUCCUGGGCGACCUGCUGGCCGGCCUGGGCGCGGCGGGUCAGUUCGUGGCCUUCGCCGACGUGUACACCGCCCUGGAACGCGGCGUCCUUGACGCCGGCAUCACCGGCGGCACUCCCGGCUACGGCCAGCGCUGGUACGAGGUCACCGACUACCUCUAUGGCCCCAUCGUCGGCUCCAUCGGCGUGACCUACGUUACCGUCAACGGAGACAAGUGGCGUCAGCUUACCGCCGAGAACCGCGAAAUCCUCAAGGAGGUGGGCGAGGAGUUCGAGGCCGAGAACCUCCGUCUCCUCAAGACGGAUUGGGACCCGGCCGGCAUCAGCCUCAACGUCGCCGAGGGCAUGGAAUAUUCUGACUUCCCGGACGACGUCAAGGCCCAGAUGCGCGACACUGCGCUCAAUGCCAUCAUUCCCAACUGGGUCGAGCGCGCCGGCGGAGCCGACUCCGAAGGCGUCAACAUCUUCAACGAAAAGGUCGGCCCCAUCGUCGGCGUGGUCAUCAACCCCGACGGCACGGCCAGCGAGACCACCGCGAUGAUGUCGCCCGGCGCGAUGGAUUGCGGCAGCGACCGCGGCGUCGGCGAGGUCUGCAUCAGCGUCGUUGACUCCUCCACCGGGGAGAAGGAAGCGUUCGCCUCCACCCAGUGCGACGGCGAUGCCGCCGCGUCCGUUCCUGACAGCCACGGCGGCGGCAGCCCCGCCGGUUGGUCCUGCGGCGUGGAGAGCGGCAUCAACUUCAACCUCACCCCGCUCACUUCCUCCGGUGAAAGCUUCGAGUUCCAGAUGGCCUGCAUCAACCGCACCCUGGUUGACUGCGGCCUCGCCAUCGGCAACUACUCCGAGACCGAGGACAUCGGCUUCGUCGAACGCGUCAAGCGCCGGACCAACGGCCAGGUCGUUUUCGAAAUCUCGUCCUUCCCCGAACUCGGUAUCGCCGGCCCCGACUCGCUGCGCCUCAUCGAGGACGGCACGCUGGACUCCGCGCAGAUCUACUCCGGCUACGUCGGCGGCGACUUCCCCAUCAUGGACAUGAGCAACCUCUGGGGCCUCUUCGCCAGCCAGCAGGACCAAUUGGACGUGAUUGACGCCAUCCAGCCCAAGAUGGCCGAGGUCACCGCCGAGAACGGCGGCAUCCAGAUCGCUUACAUGAUGACCGCCCACAACUACAUCUUCGCCAAGCCCCAGGUCAGCGACCUCGAAGACCUACAGGGUCUCAAGGUCCGCAGCCACAGCACCGUGCUCAGCGACCUGCUGUCCGGCAUGGGCGCCGACCCGCAGUUCAUCGCCUUCGCCGACGUGUACACCGCCCUGGAACGCGGCGUCAUCGACGGCGCAAUCUCCUGCGGUUCCUGCGGACACGGCCUGCGCUGGUACGAAGUCGCCGACUAUCUCGUCGGCCCCAUCGUGUCCGUUGGCCACAGCUGGUUCGCCGUCAACGCCGACCGCUGGAACCAGAUGCCCAAGGACCUGCAGAACAUCGUUCUGGAGGAAGGCGGGCGUCACGCCUACCUGAACCGUCAGCUGCUCUUCGAGCACUUCGCUCCCAACGCGGUCAGCGAGAACGUGAAGGAAGGCAUGGCGCUGGUGGAGUUCACCCCUGAGAUGCAGGCUGCCCAGCGGAAGUCCGCCAUUGAGAACGUCGUGCCCGGCUGGGUCGAGCGCGUCGGUGGCGCCACCUCCGAAGCGGCCAUCAUCUUCAACGACGUGGUGGCCCCCAUCGUCAAGGUGAAGAUCAACGCCGAUGGGACGGCGUCAGCCACCGAAUAA